CCUGGUCGCGCGUGGCUGGCGGCGAAGACAGCGCCCGCGCUCCCGCCGCCCGGCUCUGCGCAGCGGAGCAUCCGUCCUCCUCUGAGUCUUCGCUGCGGGCCCGAGCCGUCGGCGCAGCCCCGCGGUUAUGAGCCCCGAGCCGGUCCCGCCGCCACCGCCCCAGUGUCCCAGCUGUGACUGCGGGGAGCCGUUCGCCCAGCGGCUGGAGAAAGGCGACGAGGCCUUUCGCGCGGGCGAGUAUGAGAUGGCAGCCGAGCUCUUCCGCUCCAUGCUGGCCGGGCUGGCGCAGCCGGACCGCGACCUGUGCCUGCGGCUGGGGGACGCGCUGGCCCGCGCCGGCCGCCUCCCCGAGGCUCUGGGCGCGUUCCGCGGCGCGGCGCGGCUCGGGGCGCUGCGGCCGGAGGAGCUGGGGGAGCUGGCGGGAGGCCUGGCGCGCGCCCUCGGCCUGCGCGAGUGGCGGCUGGGCGCGGGGGGACCGGACCGCGCGCCGGAGGAGCCGGCCGAGGGACAGGCGGCCUCAGCGCCCGCUGCGCCACGCGACCUGCUGGGCUGCCCGCGCUGCCGGCGGCUGCUGCACAGGCCGGUGACGCUGCCCUGCGGGCUCACCGUCUGCAAGCGCUGCGUGGAGCCGGGGUCGGCCAGGCCGCCGCAGCGCCGAGUCAACGUGGUGCUGAGCGGCCUGCUGGAGAAGUGCUUCCCGGCCGAGUGCCGGCUCCGCAGGCUGUCGGGCCAGGCGCGCAGCCUGCAGCGCCAGCAGCAGCCCGAGGCCGCGCUGCUCAGGUGCGACCAGGCCUUGAACCUGGCACCUGGUGAUAAUUCACUGUUGCUGCUGCGAGCAGAGUUAUAUUUAACCAUGAAGAACUACGAGCAGGCACUACAGGAUGCCAGUGUGGUUUGUCAGAAGGAACCUCUCUCAACUAAGGGACAUCAUGUAAAAGCUCAGGCUCUGUCUGGAUUGGGAAGAAAUAAGGAAGUGUUGAAGGAAUUUCUCUACUGCCUUGCUUUAAAUCCUGAGUGUCACGCUGCGAAGAAAGAAACACAGAAGGUAAUGUGUGAGGUGUUUUUUCCAGCUGCAGAAAAUGCGCAACAAAAUUUAACAACUUCCAUCCAAAGCAAAUUAAAGGUUCAAUGUCAGAGCCACAUAAACACCCCGGUAACCCUAGGAGGAGGAGGUGUUGCAAGCAGCCCUGAGGAUCCAUCUGAGAAAUCUGAUGUGUUUAGGAAUACCAGUUCCUCAGUUUUGUAUUUUAUACUGGGUCUACACUUUGAAGAGGAUAAGAAAACAAUACAAAGUAUCCUUCCAGUACCACCCAGCUCUAGUUUGAAGAGACCGUUUCCAAAUGAUACAGAGGAGGCAUGUGACCUGAAGACCCCUGGAAAAAUUCCCAAAAAAGAUCCAGAUAGCUCACCCCAAGGGAACUUGAACUCUGAGAUAGAAGAGGGCCAAGGCCUCUCCAUCGAUGUAACUGACUUCGAGUGUGCCCUCUGCAUGAGGUUGCUCUUUGAGCCUGUCACUACACCAUGUGGACAUACAUUUUGCCUGAAAUGCCUUGAACGCUGCCUUGAUCAUGCCCCACAUUGUCCCUUGUGCAAAGAUAAACUUUCAGAGUUGUUGGCAAGCAGAAAUUUCAAUAUUACCAUUCUGGCCGAGGAAUUAAUAUUUCGAUACUUGUCAGAUGAACUGUCUGAUAGGAAGAGAAUUUAUGAUGAAGAAAUGACAGAACUGUCAAAUCUAACCAGAGAUGUCCCCAUCUUUGUGUGUGCCAUGGCCUUCCCCACCGUCCCGUGUCCACUCCAUGUCUUUGAGCCCCGCUAUCGGCUGAUGAUAAGAAGGUGCAUGGACACUGGCACCAGGCGGUUCGGCAUGUGUUUAUCUGUGGACCAUGCAGGGAUAUCCCAGUAUGGCUGCAUGCUGGAGAUUAAGGACGUCAGAACGUUCCCCGAUGGAAGUUCGGUGGUAGAUGCGAUUGGCAUCAGUCGGUUCAGAGUCCUAAGCCACCGUCACCGAGAUGGCUACAACACUGCAGACAUUGAAUAUCUUGAAGAUGACAAGGUGGAAGGCCCCGAGUAUGAAGAACUCACCACACUUCAUGAUUCUGUUUAUGAACAGUCCGUCUCCUGGUUUGCCUCUCUCCAGGAUCACAUGAAAGAACAGAUUCUAAGUCAUUUCGGGUUAAUGCCAGACAGGGAGCCUGAGCCUCAGAGUAAUCCUAGUGGUCCUGCCUGGUCCUGGUGGAUCCUAGCGGUGUUGCCACUGGAACGUAAGGCGCAGCUGGCUAUCCUUGGCAUGAGCUCGCUGAAAGAGCGUCUACUUGCCAUUCGACGAAUAUUAGUCAUCAUCACACGUAAGAUGAACAGUCGGCAAGAGCUGGCUGCUAUCAGGGAGAGAAAUAAUUGAUUUUUUCUCUCUCCGUCAAGGCUUCUGGAAGCCCUGGUACGCUCAUGAGUACUGGCAUGGACGAAUAGCCAUCCACAUGCAUUGCGCUUUGUAAAAUGCUUGUUGAUAAGGUUACAAAAUGCAACCCUUGCCAAACAUUGACUUCUACUCAGAAUACGUGUUAGUGUCUGGUGGAAUCUGACUCUAUGUGUAGUACAAGGUUAGCCUGAAGUUUGGAUGGAGCCCGCGGUUGGAAAACAACCUAAGAAAAUCUUGAAGCAGAUGCUUCAGGUAUGCAGUUCACUGACAGCACAGGACACCAUAGAUGUUUUACAUGUGGUUUAGUUUCACAAGAAAGAAGGAUUCCCUUCUCAGGCAGCAUUCUGCUCUGCCAGAUAGAAACGGCUUGCUUCUGUGGCUAGACAGGAUGGGGGAACCACGCUUUUACCUGGGAGUGGAUUUUUUAGAGUACAGGCUAACCGAAAAUGUGCUUAGGCUUUGUGUGUUGCUGUGAAGUUGUCUGUGAAAUUGAAGAAUCAAACCGUUGUCUGGUGUAGGAACCAAAAAUUAAUCCUUACCCAAGAAGUACUAGCUACCAGGUAGAACUGUGUUUAGUGUCUAACAUGUUGUAGUCCCAGGUGUCAUAAAUUGCAUGUCGUAAUCAAAUUAAUGUCAAAAUACAACAAAGUGUGCCUGGGUGUACAAAACCUGAGAAUAGUAUUGUUAAUCUGAAGAUGUAUAUAUUUACACACAGUAAACAAAAUGAGCAAAAGUGAGUUAAAACUGUAUAUGUGUUGCAAUGUCAAACAUACAGCCAUCAAAAGCAAAGAACUCCUUGGACCAUAACCUCAUCUCAUUGAGUCCAUGGAUAUUAAGCAUUUAGAAAAUAGUCUAUCUUUUCUACCAGGAUUUGCAUUAGAAAUUAGGCCCUUCAGGGUAGCACUGUAGCUCAGUGCUUAGGGUGCCGGCCACGUACACCAAGGCUGGGGGGUUCGAACCUGGCCCGACCAGCUAAAACAACAAUGACAACUGCAACAACAACAAAAAUAGCUGGGUGUUGUGGUGAGCGCCAGUAGUCCCAGCUGCUUGGAAGGCUGACGCAAGAGAAUCGCUUAAGCCCAAGAGUUUGAGGUUGUUAUGAGCUGUGACACAACGGCACUCUACCCAGGGUGACAGCUUGAGACUGUGUCUCAAAAAAAAAAAAAAGGAAAUUAGGCCCUUUGGUAAAUUUCAGUUUACUAAUCCGUCCACUGAGACAUGAAUAUGUUAAAAGCUGCCAUACAGCAACACUCUUUCUAUUCUAGGGAAAUACACCAGAGUAUACAAAGAGAGGGUAACUGGUAUGAGAUAGAAAUAUUCAGAAAAUUUUCUCCAAUACCAUCCUCCAAUAAAAUUAUCUUUAUUAUUUUGAAAGACAGUUUUACAAUGAUCAGACUAGGUGAUACCUAUCAGAAACAAUACGUAUGACUUCCAACCUCUAGUGCAUGUUGUUGUAUUGGUUGGAGCAGCUGAAUCUGAGAUGCUCAAAUGUUCUCUCCGGCCUAACAGGCUGGUGGAUUCAGUUGGCCUCCUCAUCUGUGAGGUGGACAUUCUUAUCUGAAAGAUGAUAACAACCACAAAAAGCAAAUCACAACCAUAAGUUUUGCUUUAUUCAUCCAAUGUAUGUGAUUUUUUAGUUUUUAAAAAUAUGUUUCAUAGGCUCAGUGACCGUAGCAUAGUGGUUACAGUGCCAGCCAUGUACACCGAGGCUGGUGGGUCCAAACCUAGCCUUGGCCAGCUAAACAAUGAUGACAACUGCAACAAAAAAUAGCUGGGCAUUGUGGCGGGCACCAGUAGUCCCAGGUACUUGGGAGGCUGAGACAAGAGAAUCGGUUAAGCCUAAGAGUUUGAGGUUGCUGUGAGCUAUGAUGCCACAGCACUCUACUGAGGGUGACAUAAUAAGACUCUAUCUCAAAAAAAAUAUAUGUUUCAUAGUACACAAUGUUGAUGGUUUAUCAACCCAUCAAGCAUUUCAUUACAAAGACUUUAUUAAAUUUUUUUUAAUCAUAGGAGUUUUCAGUAGCUAAAACUCAGUUUCCUCAUGGAAUUUGGAAAAAAAAACUAUACUUGAUAACUUAAUUACAAAGAGAAAAUUUGAAAGUAUUUUCCAAUCAAAUGUCUCAAGUGCCUCCCAUGAUGUGAACCUCAAAUCUCAUCUUGAGGUGAUUUAAAGACAGUUUGGCCAGGUGACUUCUAAGAGAUUUUGUUAAUUUAUGCAUUUACAGUAGUACUCAACUUUCUUAGGCAUUGUAACCUAACCUAAUCAUUCAAAAGAAAACGAAAUUGCAUCUAACAUGCCAGAAGAUCUUGCCAGAAGUGGUUCAUAAAAAGUGAUACCCAUUGACCACUAUCUGCCUUUCCCUUUUGGAGAAUAUUUGGUACCUCCCUACUACAUCUGAAUAGUUAAAAUUGCAAUUUCCAUUUGGAGGUAUCUGAAUAAUCACAAUGUGAUCACGGUUUCUCCAAGAUCCUUUCCGAAGUUGGUAUGCUUAGAAUUUCAUGUACCAUUUGGAAGAUAGCACUUUCUCUUCUUCACUCUUCGAAAGUCUUAACUCGCGCAUCAGAACCAUUAUUGUGCUUGGCAUCAGAACCAUUAUUUCUUCUGCCUUUCUGAGUCUUCUCAUGCUGAGUGCUCUUACGUAAAAGCCCGAACAACAGUGUGCAGAUGAGAGCAACACAAGUUUUGAGGUUUUGAUACCGAAAGGAGUUGACAAUGAUCCCUUCAUUCUCUCUCUGUUCAGCAUCACACCUCCACUUACUGCAAAAUAGGAGCAAAUUGGGACUUCCUGAGCACUCAGAUAACAUGAUCCAUCAGGAAGUUGAACCGAGGGAAUAUGAAUCGCACUGUCACGUUAUGAAGGAAGCUUCCUCUUACAGACUUAAAAAGAAACUCAGACUUCUGUUUGCUGUGAAUCUGGCUAAAGCAAAAUAGUUGGCUUCCUCCUCUUUCCUGUCAGGGAGAUGCCAUUUGUAAGGAUUUCCUGGAAAACGGUGUAAUCUCUCAUUAAAAUCAAGGCAUUCCAGUUUAAUUUUACUGAACGCGUUCCCACCCUAAUGCUUUAAUUACAUCAGAAUAAAAGCAGAAAAAACUGAUAGCGGUACGCAGGAGUUAUUUUUCUUUUUGAAGAACAAUGCCCUCCGUGAGGUAUAUUUCCACCCAUUCUCCAUACCUGUGUCUUUGAAGUGCAAGUGAAAUCAUAGAAAACAGUUCUCUGAAAGCCAAAGACAUUUUUAGUAUUUCUCAUUUCCUCUGUAUCCCUGUCCCCAUCGUUCAAAUUGAAAACUUAGGAUAUUUUCUAAAGUUCCAAAUGAAAGUAAUUUAAAUGUUUAAGGUUUGUAUAUGGAACCAUAAUAAUUUUUAACCAAUUUAUGUACCAGUGUUAUUCCAUUUUUAUGAUCACAAACCUGUCCCUUUUUCUCUCUCAACCUCCCACCCUGAAAACCCCAAAGUACCAAGACUGUUUAAUAAAUGUACAGUAUCUCAAAUCUUACAAAUGUCAAGACUUGACGGAGGACUUUUGAAUCAUCAAGGAACAAUUAAAGUUUAUAAAUAGUAGAAUUGCCAUGAACUGUGAUAUUACCAUGUUAACAUAAAAUUAUUUUAAAUUGGCAGUUACUACAAUCAAAAUACUCUUGCCUGACCUAGCUGUAUUAUAUAGAAUUUGUUAUAAUUUUUAAAAGUACCCAUCAGUGGCUUCUCCAUCUUUUCCUCUUUUGUUUCCCCACCACCACCACUUAAAUUACUUGGGUAAAUACACUCCUUAAACUUUAGAUGCUGUCCUACCAAAUAAGAAAGAAGAAAUGCAAAGAAUAUAAAGAAGGAAGAUAAUAGCAAAUUAGAGGAAAAUAAAUGUGGGGUUUUGUGGGGACAGGCUGGAAAAACUAUAAAGGAAAAAAGCAGUUUAGCAUUUAUAAGGAAUACAAAUGGUAAGAACCUGUCUUCUUGUCUUGGAAGCUAAAAAUAGCUGCAAGAAUGAAACGCUUCACCAGUUUUGAACAAAUUAAAAGAUUAGAUUAAGAAGCAGCCGUUUGGGCUGGCUGGAAGAGAUUAGCAGUGUAGGUUCAAAGGUAAUUAACAUCUCCCCCCCUUUCAAUAUAUGUUCCCUUUUAAAGGUUAAUUCUAACUCAGACCCUUUGCCCACUCCACUAUUACAUUAUUCCCCUGAGGUCUUAUGCAAGACCUCCCAAACGUCACAUGCGGGGACUUAGUUUCCUUGACCCCUAAAUAAUCAUGAUAAAUCAGCUCCUGCUACAUUGUAAAUGUUGUUGAAACACAAUAAAACACAUUAAAAGACCUGUGAGCUGAAGAGUGCUUGGUCUCCGAGCCUCAUGGGGCAAUAUCAGAGUCUGAGGAUCUUUCUUUUCCUGUCCUCCUGUGCUUUAGCCAGGUUCCGAGGAAGGCAGUGGGGGCAAACAGCGACAGGGUUUUGUUGUUGUCAUUGUUGUUGAAAGCACAGUUUUGUUUUUCUCAGGUUUAGAUAUGGCGUAGGGUAGGGAGGUAUGGGUCACAGUGGCUCCAGCGGAAGGAAGUUCUUCCACUUUAACCAUCCCUACUUAAAGGCCUUAUUCUGAUUCUAUUGUUCCUUAAAACCUAAUUCCCAGAGAAGCUAGAUCGGAAUAGGUGUGGUCAGUUGUGUGAGCCACCUCGCCUCACAGGGAGAAAACUGAAUCUCGACCAUCACGUCCUCUUUGCUGGGGUGAGAGGCUUGUUCUGAGCAUUGACUCCUGACUCUGAGAAGGUCUGUUCACCUUCACAGCCCCACACCUUGACUCCACCUUGGCUUUUCACCUCUCAACUGCUGAAUCCUAUGAAAUAGCGUUUUAGUGGGGACUCUGCUUUUAGGGGAGCCUAAAUACUAGAAUAUUGCAAUAGCACCAAAAUAACGAAGAAAUACAUUAAAGUGCCACCAUUGCACCCAGCCAACGUGGGACAGCAGCUUUGAUUUGUACCCUGGUCUUGAUCUAUAAAGGUGACAGAGAUGCCAGUGCCACUGACAUCAAAGUUUGUGACUCACAUUUCCCCUAGAAACGGAGGCACAGCAGGCCCCACAGGGCCAGGUGGGGAAGCUGUGAAGCAGGAAGGAGGAAAACACAGCCCACAUCUUGUAUUGUUUUCGGCAGGAAAGGAAAGGCAGGGUUGGGGAAGCAGCUUGGAUUGUCUAGUUUGAAUAAAGCAUCUGGGGCCAUAGGUAUAGGGUGAUCUGUGACUGUCUGGCCCCUGGCUCUGGGCGAUCAGGGCAGGGCGUUUUGCUUCCCGUAGUGUAAGAGGCAGGUGGAGGAGGUGGUUCUGAGUAAGGCUCUGGGUUGUAGUGUGCUCUAAGAAUUGGCUGUCUCCUAGGAAUUGUUGCUCCCCAGUCAGUGAGAUCCCUAAGAUAUAAAAAUCACAGUUUAUACAAUCAACCCUCUGAUGUUUUGACAUAUUAAAUAAACUGUGGGGGCUAUGAUAAUGGAGACUUUUAAAGCGCAGGGCCUCUCAUUUUAUGAGAGUAGAAAGAAAGAACACAAGUAGAGAUACAGGAAGUCCUUUAGCCUGGCCCAUAACUAAGUUUCUCAUUUUUAUCGCAUUAGUCAAGAACAUAGGCCUGGAGUUUUAAGGGGAGGGAUCUUUAAAAAUUUCUCGGUGGAGUUAAAGUAUCAAAAAUGUGAGUCUGAUAUUACUGUCUUGGUGUGUUUCUUGGGUCAGGCUGGCAGUUCUGAACUGAGGGGUUAUUGAGGUGUAAGUGAAGGGCGGUGGUAUCUGUGUGCAGCCAAAGGGAAGAGACAGGGUGGACACGCAGGGCAGAAGUGCACAGAGCUGGUCAGUUACUGUUUCCAUGACCCAAAGCAUACAGGGCAGCUGAAUGUGGGGGCUGCAGACUCAGGGUCUGCGAUAGCCCCUGCGUCUAGGACAGCCUGGAGGGUACCUACCUAUGUAUUAUUUUAAUGGGGUAUGGUGCAAGGCUGGGAGGGGCUGUUUCUUGCAUCUGAAGCCCUUGGGCACCUUAUGUUCAUCAUAAGUGGUCCAGUACACCCAGAAGGCCUGAGUAGAAGUUGCCAACAUUUCUUUAAUGAAGGAGUCUCUGGGGCCGCUAACAGGAGUGGCCGUUGAUUAGUAAAUGCCAAAGACUGACUUUCAUUUUAAUUUGUUACUCAUUAUGUUAGAGCAUCUAUGUCCAAGAUGGGAUAUUUUAGGGUGAGAUCUGUGACGGGGGGAAAUUUAGGCAGGGUACAGUUGGAGAGCUGCAUCCCUGUUUUUUUCUUAUCUUAAAUUUAGUUGCCUUUUUUUGAGAUGAUAGGUUAUAUAAUGUUUAAAUUUAGUGGGAUCUCCAGGUAUAACUGUCAGUUGAGUAUUGAUUAAGUCUAUGAGCUUUGUCAAUAGGUGCAUUUUAGCAAAUGCUACAUUUAAUGUAGAACAUAGGCUCUAGAGGUGUAAAGGCUGAUCUGUGCCAUUUUAUAUUUGGUUAUAUCAAAAUAUAUAAAGCUUGUUACACAUUAUAUAUAAUUUGUCAUAUGCAUUUGUGGUAUAUAAAUUUUUGAUUUCUAACUUGAUCAAAUUAUGUAUCUUUGUUUUAAUUGUAUAUGUAUAUACACACGUAUGAAGUAUAAAUUAGUCUAAUUAUAGUAAAAUAUUCUCUGCAUGUGCGGAUACGUGUGUGUACGUAUGUGCGCACAUACAUGCAUGUACACAAACCUGCACAGUCUACUUAGUUACCUCUUAUUUUCUCCCCUUGUAUCUAGGGCUUCUUCUCUCUUUGCUGUUUUACUGAUUUUGUGACAAUAUGGUUUUGAGGAGAAGCUCUUAGCUUAGUGCUGUAAGGCAACUGGCCUCAGGAAGGCCCAAACACACUGGCCAGGAGAUACGGUAUCACAUGACCUGAAAAACUUCUGCAGGUCUCAAGGUUAGGAAUAAAGUAACCUUUCCCCUUUCCCUUAAACCAUUGAGAGAGGAUUCUCACUUACUUUCCCAGAGACAAGGGGCAUGCCAUGCCACACUGGGCUGGUGGGGAAGCGCCAGAGUCCAUCAGGAGGCAGAAUUAGGGGAAGGCCCUGGGACACAUCUUUGUGUUCCCAUGGCAAAGCUGAGCAGGGGAUGCAGCUUGGGAUUGGCUAGUUUGGUUAACAUGGGAGGCUCCAGGGUGGUCUGUAGCCCUGGGGUGAUGAGGGCAGAGGAAUACGCCUCCCGGGAUCUAAGGGCCAGGUAAAGCAGGACGUUCAGGGUUGGGCUCUGCAUUGGCUGAUUUCCAAGUCAUGAUCCCAGGGGAGCCAUUUGCCAUCUCUAAGAAUUGGCCAGCCCUGGGAGGACACGUUUUGCCCCUGUUAGCAAGGUCCCCUAAAUGUCACAACAUUAUAAAUUACUAAAAAGCAUGAUUAUUGCAAGCUCAUUCUAGCAUUUCUGGCUACAGCUGCUAAAAGAAGUCUGCCCCCUCCAAAUGUGCAGGUUUUCCUCUGCAGCGGAGGGGCGGGCCUGCAGGCACACACCUCUUUGUGUGCACAGAAGCUCAGUAGCAGAGCCCCUACCUGCCUGUGGUCCUGCAGCAAGGGAAGAUUUUCCCAGCUGUGCAUUGCGGGGAGGAGCGGGGAGAGGCUCUGGAGGCUUCCUGGGUGUUCAGGCAGCCCCUGGGUAGAAAGAUUGAACCUGAGAAUAAGAGAGUAGGCCAGGGAGGUUUGCCAUCAUGAAGGUGAAAUGACAAACUUAGCCUUUAAAGGUAAAAGUGGCUUGCAGCAUGAAUAUCUCUAACCUUUGGCUUUUCAGGGAUCAUUUUUAAAAAUUGCUUUGGAGCCUUCAUUAUUUACCAUACUGUUUUAGCUAUUCAAUAAUUUUAUCAAGUUUUGUAUCGCGAACAGCUUGAUCAGUGGCUGACUUCUCUCUUGUGCUGUUUACUGCACACACGAUUUUCCUCUCACUUCUGGGGGGAAAUACUGUUAAUAGACAGGUUGGACGGCUGUACACUCUGUUCAUUCAUUGUCCUUAAGUGCCAGUGGAGGGUCGGGGGUUGGCAUCUUAUAGUUGUGAGAUGAGUUUACCAAUUACAAAUUGAUGUGUAUUUUUUCUAUUUAAUUAGAAGAACAGAUUAACAAAUCACUAGUCACUGUACAUAAAAGCACGCUUUUACCUGGUUAGAGACAAUGUGUUGUCACAUUCGUACAAUAUAGAUUUGUCAUCUGGCUUUACUUAGUUUCCCCAAGUGUAAGUCACGCUGAAAGAUGUGUAAUAACAAUCCUCAGCAUUUCUUGUCGCAUAUGUGAGGCCAUACUUAAAUGUUGUGAUAUUUACUUUAUGUAUUCUUGUACUGCUCAUUUUAAUGAAUUGGAAUUGUAUAUUUAGUAUGUGAUAUUUGGAGUAAAUUAAACUUACAGUGUUGUAAA